AUGAUUGUCACACAAAAAUAUUUAACUACUUGUAUUAUAAAAAAGAAAUAUUCUUUUUUAAAAUCGGGACCAAAUAAUAAGCAAUGUUAUAGGAUACGUGGUUUUUUAACGGAACCUAAAAAGGUGCGAUGUUCAUUAUUAAAUAAAAAAUAUGAAGAUAAAGAUCUAUUUUAUAAAAAUGACAAAAAUAACGUAUUAAAUAGAUAUAAGGUGGAUGAUAUAAAAAACAUAUAUUUUUAUAAUUUAUUGAAUUUUAAUCUGGUAGACGUACUUCAUAUAUGUAAAAUAUUAUUGCAUAUGAAAAGUAUUACUCUAUAUAAAUAUAAUAAUAAUAUGUCCAUAAACAUUCAACAAUCCAUUAAAGAGAAAGAAAAAAAGAAAAUAGAAAUAAAAAAAAGAAAAAAUGUUAUAUGGCAAAAUAAUUCAAACUAUUUAAUUAAUAGUUUAGUACUAUUUUUUAAAAAAUAUUUGAAAAGAUAUAAAGAGGAAAAGGACUUGUUCUUUAAGUUGGCUAGCUACCAAAUGGAAAAAAAAGAAAAAAAAAAAAAAAAAAAAAAAAAAACGCAAAUUAAUAGUGAUAAUUAUGUGUUGACUAUCAAAAAUUUGAUCGAUGAAAAUAUAGAGAACAAAUCUGUAGAAAAAAAAAGGAAAAGAAAUUAUUUCAAGAAAUAUAUUAUAAGAGGUAUUUUGGAAAAUAUGAAUAUUUGUGUAAAGAAAAGAAGUUAUGUAAAUAAUAUGAAAGAUAAAUUCUUUUUAUUUGAAUUUCGUGUGGAUAACAUACAGUUUUCCUUAGAGUGUCUUUAUAAAAAAGUAAGAGGUAUAUAUUUUUUGUAUAGAAAUAUUAUGUAUAUAAAAAUAAAUGAAGAUUAUAAAAUCCCCAUUGCUGUUUUAAAUAUUAUAUCAAAUAUUAAUGUAUACUAUAAGGUGAUGAAAAAUUAUAUUCUUGUUAAUUCCUUUUUUAUAAAAUAUUAUUUCAAGUAUUAUUUAAAUAAAUUUUUUAAUUUAAACAAGAUGUUUAUUCAGGAAAAAAAAAAGAAAAGAAAAGAAUAUAUGUUUAAAAAUAUAAAGGAUAGUAUAAUAUAUGUAAAAGAAAUAAAAAAAACAACUAUGAAUAAUCAUCUUUGUGAUGACAAAAAAAAAGAAAUAAUAACUCCGCCAUGUUAUGCAAAAGAUAUAAUAAAUGGGACGAAGUUUUAUAACAUAUUAAUAAAAAAUAAUAUAAAAAUAAAAAGAGUAAAAAUAUAUUUUAAUGGAAAGUUAUUUGUGUCUUUUCCUAUAUGUUUAACAUACAACAUAAAUAAUUAUCAAUUUUAUUUGAAUAAUAUAAAAUAUUUUAAUAUUAAUAAUUUUACAACAAAUGAAUUAUUUAUUCUUAAAGACAUAUAUUUAAACAAUAAGGCAUAUUUUAUGAAUAAUGCAUUUUGUUAUUUAAAUAAUGAGAAUAUCAUUAUGAGUAAUGAAAUGCUAAAUAUAGAUCUUGAUUAUAUUUUGUUAUUUUAUAUUUUAUAUUUUAACGAUAAUCAGAAUUUAUACAUUCCUCGGGUGUGUAAUCCAGCAUGGCCUUUUUAUUCCAUGAUAAAUAGAAAUAAUUUAGUUCUUAAAAAAACAACUAAAAUAAUAAAAAGUGUUGACAAAAAGGAAUCAAAAAAUAUAAAAAGUAGGAAUAUUUUAAAAAGGGUAAUAUAUAAGGCUGAUCAAAAUUUUGUAAAUUUUGUGUUCUGA